UCAUGUGCUUCUGAAGAAAGAAAUGGCAUGGCAGCUACAGAAGCCCAAAAAGUGAUUGUUUACGGAGGAAAAGGGGCUCUAGGAUCUGCAUGUGUGCAGUACUUCAGAGCUAAAAACUGGUGGGUUGCCUCUAUAGAUCUCAGUGCCAAUGAAGAAGCCAGUGCCAAUGUUACAGUUAAGAUGACUGAAUCCUUCACUGAGCAAGCCAGCCAGGUAACAUCUGAUGUCGGUGAGCUGUUAGGUGAAGAUAGGUGUUAGCUGUUAGGUGAAGAUAAGGUUGAUGCCAUCUUGUGUGUGGCUGAAGGCUGGGCAGGCGGCAGUGCCAAGGCCUUAA